AUGGCGCAGUGGCGUCUCAACCGCGAGAACGAUGGAGUCGCCGACGAGGUCAAAGAGUCUGUAUUCGUUGGACUAAAGCAAGCCUUCUCUGACCCGAAAGUACCACUCCUUGUCUUCAUUCAGACAUGCGCCGUUGUAUCAAUGAGCUUUACCUACUUCUUCCCUUCCAUUGUCAACACGCUUGGCUUUCCUCGCGUCGAAACGCUUCUACUCACCGCUCCUCCCUACUUCCUGGCUUUCUUGUUCUCGGUCCUGAACUCGUGGCACUCGGGACGCUCGGGAGAGCAUUGUUUCCAUAUCGUCAUGGCCUGUGCGAUCUCCGCCGUUGGGCAGAUCAUUUCGAUGACGACGUAUAAGACUGGUCCACGCUACUUUGCCAUGUUUUUGCAGGCUAUGGGAUCAUUUUCCGCAUUUCAGUUGAUCCUACCUUGGGUUUCAGCAACCAUUGCACGACCCAAAGCGAAAAGAGCGGUCACACUCGCCCUGGCGACAGCUGUAUCGAACGCGACAAAUAUUGCCACCGCUUAUCUUUAUCCUGCUUGGAGCGCACCGUAA